UCCACAGAUUUGCGAUCAUAAAAUGCAAAUACGUUAUUUUGAUGCUCGUUAUGCGGGUUCUGGGCAUGACUCUCUAAUUUGGAAUAUUAGCCAAGCGAGAACAAUUCUGAAGAAGCGAUACGAUGCUGGGGAGCGUAGAUGCUGGCUCUUAGGUGAUGCGGGUUAUCCUCUUGAACCAUACAUUAUGACGCCAUAUCGAUCCGCAGCAAAAGGAAGUCCAGAAGCUAUUUACAACAACAAACAUGCCAAAGCUAGAAACAUAGUUGAACGCACUAUUGUAGUGUUAAAAACCGAUUUCCCUGUUUGCUCGGUGCACGUCAACUUCGCUAUACGCCAUCUAAAGCCACGCAAAUCGCUAAUACAUAGACCGUUUCUCACAGACCAUGAAGAUAUAGACGAUAAAUCACUAUUGAAAUCCGCGCACAAAUUAACCACAUCGUCAUGA